AAAUUUUUUUUUUCAAUAAAUCACCUAAGGAUUCUUGCUAUCGCGGCUAACUUUUUUUUUCUAUGCAGGCAACAACGUAUUUCAGCGAUACGGGGAGCAUAGCUGACGUUCACUCCACGGAGCAUAUCCUUGGAACGUACAGGAUAAUGCUUGAGGAACGAUUUCAAUAUCGCCGGACCGACAGAAAGACGACAUCCAGCACCGGACCUGGACGCGGCAAGAUUGCCAAGGGUCAACUCCGCCCUCGACGAGGUUUUUUCGUUGGCGAGAGCGCCUCGUCGAGACGCUUAAAUAUCCUAGCCGGUCCGCGAGGCCUACGCCGCGGCUGCCCUACCACGGAGCGUUGCUGGCACGAGACAGGAUUUCUUUGAGGGGGCCGAGGACGGACGGCCGUGCUCGGUUCUUGCAGUCGACUUCAAGACCGCGAUGCGGCCGAGCUAACGGUGAAGAGAAGCCGACGCGAGUCGUCCCACGUCCGCCGCGCUUGAUUCUCGAGUCGGGAUUCGUGCCGAAGUACGGACGACGACCGGAUUUCCGGAGUUUUGUUUUGUUCUUCUUAUCAUUCUCCCCCCGUUUCUUCUUGCUCCCUCGGUUACCCUCCCGCAUGAGAUGAUCGAUUCGUAGAGGGAAGAGCCGCGUUCCGUGGAUUCCCGCAACAACCUCGACCCGACCCAAGCUGUGCACCUGAAGAGCCAAUACGCUCGCGUGUCCAGGUGUAUUUCCUGCGAGGUGCAGCCGGACUUCCUGCCUCGGCACACCAUGGCCCAAGCUGCUCGCUCGUAGAGGACAACACAAGCAACUAUGAAUGCGAUUUCGACGGAGCUGUUGCUGCUGCUGGCGGGAGCGUUCGUCGCCAUGGCGGCGACGUCCGCCUGUCCCUGGGCGCAGCACGUGGUGGACCUUGAGAGUUCGUGCAUCUGCGACUACAAUCUGGCGCGCGAGCUCUCAGUGCAAUGCGACGUGGUGGACUACGAGCAGUUGCUGUCGGCGAUGCGGCGCUUUGCCGCCAAAACGCCCGUCGAUCUCUUCUAUGUCAACAACAGCACGAUCGGCGUGUUGAAGAACGGCUCGCUCGCUGCCUUCAGAAUCAACAACAUCCAGCUGUCCGGCUGCCGCAUCAAAAGCGUCGAGCCGGAGGCUUUCAAGGGCCAGGAGAACCACGUGAAGAUCUUGAAUCUUAAAGACAACGAGCUCACGGAGAUCCCCAGCGUCAACCUGAAGACCCUGAGAAACCUCACUGUGCUGGAUCUCUCGAUGAACAGAAUCACCAAAGUGAACGAAAACGCCUUCGCCAGCACCAAGCUGGUCACGCUGAAACUCUCCGACAAUGAAGUCACUCUCGCCGCCGGGGCGUUCUACGGCUUAGAGAGGACUCUGAAGAAUCUCAAUCUCAAGGGCACGCGGCAGAAGAAGGUACCGGACGCGCUUAGAGGCCUGAGCACCCUGGCCUUCCUCGAUCUCUCGCAGAACAGUAUACGUGAACUGCCCGGCACUUCCGGCGCGAAAGCCUUCGAGGGUCUCGAUUCUCUCACUGGACUAAAUCUCGAGAGGAAUCUCAUACAGAAUAUCGGCCCAGACGCAUUCUACGGUAUCAGAAACACUUUGAGCUCUUUGAGCCUGUUGAACAAUCUCAUUCCGGAUUUCCCAACGGCGGCUAUCAACAGCGUCUACGAUCUCAGAGUACUAGACAUCGGCUUCAACCUAAUCACCGAACUACCGGUCAACGCCUUUCAAGGAAACCCGUCAAUCACUCUGCUGGCAAUCGACGGUAACCCGUUGUCCACGGUGCCGGAAGAGGCUCUCGCUCGACUGAACGGUACCCUGCGCGGCCUGAGUCUAGGAGGGCGGUUCCUCGUUUGCGACUGUAGGCUACGCUGGAUCGUCGAAUGGAUCAAGACGAGGGACCUGCAGGUCACUAGCCGCGAACGAAAGCCGCAAUUCUGCGGCAGCCCGCAUAGGUUGCAGGACAAAAGCUUCUACAACAUCGAUCCUGAUGAUAUGAGUUGCGAACGACCGCUCGAGAUCGUCGGGAUAGGAACGGUGGAGAGCGUAGAUACGAGGGAGCCGACAGAUACCAUAGUCGGCGACGUCGGUAGCUUCCCUCCGACGAUUCGACCGACGAUUUCCACGACCGAGAUGAUCACGAGCACGACGUUCUCCACGACCACGGUAACGGUAUCGUCUUCAACCGAAGAAAGAAGAACGCCACCACCGACGCCGCCUUCCACUUUUAUCCCUACGAGCCGACCGACCGCCGCGCGAACUGGAAACGUCGUGAUCAUGAGGACCACCCCAUCGCCGCCGAAGCAGCCGCAAGAUCAGAUGCAACAGCAUCAACCGAGACCGCCGUUGGUCUUAGGAUCACCUUUAUACAAGUCGAAAUCGAGCGAGAAGGACAUCAUGGUCAAGGAUGUGCUUCGGCAAGACAACGCCGUCAUCAUAUACUGGGACACCGAGGCCACGAAUAUUCUGGGAUUCAGAGUGAUCUACCGAUUGUUCGGGGACAAUAGUUUCAAGCAGGCGCCGCCGCUCGAGGCCAGUGAGCGAGAGUUCAAGAUCAAGAACGUACCGUCGCAGGAAUGCAUCGUGGUUUGCGUGGUCUCGCUGGAGGAGACCAACAUCACGCCAGCGAACGUACCGUACAACCAAUGCCGCGAGGUCAGAACGGAGAACUCGCCGACCUCGAACAUGGACAAGAUCACGAUCGCCGCGAGCGCGGCGAUUUGCGCCACGAUCGUCGUCGCGGUGAUCAUCUUCGUUGUAGCGAACCGACGUCGCGCUCGAAAGCUGCACACGUUGCACAGCAUCGACCAGACGAAGAUGGGCGGCCCGAUCGCCGGUUUGCCCGUCAACUGCUGCUCAAACGUGGGCCCGACACCGAGUCCCGGCGGGCCUCUGUCGUCGAUGGCCACGUUGAGCGCCUACAACGCUCAGAAGGAGUGGGACCAGGUGUCGGCGUAUAGCAACAGGAGCAUACCGCGGCCGAGGAUCUUCCCGAUAGAUCGACAAGGGUCGAUCACCAGAGCAUCUUGCAUCGACGACGUGCGCUCCCAGGCCGGACACUACAGCGGUAAAGUGUCCACCCGGUCGAUCGCCGACGGCCAAUCCCAGCACAGCUUCUCCAACAACUCCACGCGAUAUUUCGCCAACGCUGCGUUGGCCUCCAACCUCGUCAGCACGAGACCAGAACUGCGACAAUCGCGCCAGUCGCUCGCAGCCGCCUCGGACCGAAUGUCCCGGUCAAACUUCUCCACUAAUCAUCUGCCACCGCACUCGUCGGCCAGGCGGCAACGACCUCGCUCACGCAACCGUACCUUGGAGCCGAACCCACCGCGACCCGGCAGCCGGUACAGCCUGGCGGACUCCACGCACACCCUCAACAACUACGACGAGAACAAUUGGACCGACCACGACAUGGACAUCUAUAUGGCUCGUAACCCCACCACGAGGAGCGGCCUCGUACCGCUCUAAAGUUUGACGCAUCGAGACGCAGUAGUAGUCUCGAGAUCUCGUCGUUUAUUCUUGCUCAAGCAUGUUCAAGUGGAGCAGCCGACCCGAGUCGCGACUGUUUUCGUUCGUACGGCGUUCUAAGCUGAAGCGACGUCUAGCGAAGUCUAGAUAAUAUCAACGGUCGCUCUGAUCGAGGACAGAAAGUCUCGAACGCGUAAAGUGUGAGGAAAACGUUCAUUACAAUGUCAAUAAUGUAUCUUUGUACGACUUUGUAUCAAAUAAGUCACGUGCUGAAGAGCACCCUCAAUCUAUUGUUAGAACUCUUAGAUAGAUAAGUAGACCGAUAGUUAGAUAGAUUCAAUAUCUCGAGGUAACAUCUCUUCGGCGCUUAACACGCACGAAGACUGCCUGGCUCCGAUUGCGAACAUCGACCGCUAGCAUCGCGGCAGGUAUUACCGUGUAAUGCUCGCGCGACCAGCGCAAACGCAAAUCGAGCCAGGUCGAGAACCGGCCUUAGAUAUAUGUACAUCCCUGUGUAGCUCUAAGUAAACCUUACGUAAGUGUACUAUUUCAUUACCGGAUCGUCGACGAAGCGGGCGAGCCGACAGCGCGCUUCCGGCCGGCUCGAGAGUUCCGGAUUAAUCGUAGCGCGAUAUCUUCGCACGACGGACUCGGCGAUUCCACCCAAAGACUGCGACAUCGAAGUGUCUGUCUCCGGAGAAACGCCACCGCGACCAAGCGUACUGACAUAUCUUGUGAACGACGUCGAUCGCUCAGUAGAGACGAGACGCGAGGAGAACGCGACGAGGAACUUCAGAAAUCUUCCCUUGACUCUACCUUAUUUUAUAACACGUAUAUCCAUUCGUGUGCUCGUUGCCGUCGACGACGAGAACGACUUAUCGUCUUUGGCGUACUGACGACAAAUAAAAAGACUUUCGCUACUCA